AUGGACGUCGUGGCUCGCCAAGACAGGGGCUCUCCGACUCUAAGCCCACUGUCUGCGGUGUCUCCCACCCUCACCUUCGCCAGCGAUGCCACCGACAUCUCCCAGUACACUCCCACCGAGUACGAGAGGACUACAUACUACAACGGGAUCACCGAGGACGGUGACCACCCUGUAUUUGUCUACAGGUCGGAUUUCCUCACUACACCCUUCCCCAAGCCCGUCGGAACAUACGCCCAUAUCCCUGUCAAGUCUCUCCGUGAAGCUUAUGAUACCUCGCUCAAUCCUAUCUGGGAAUCUGUCGGUCCCGAGAUUGCUGAACGGCUCACGACGACUUGGAAGAUUCGCUGGUCCUCCAUCAACCCAGCCCGCUUCUUCACCCACGCAACACCGGGGGAGGAGGGGGAGGGGCGUCUCAAUCCUGUCGUCAUAUGGCUGGGUAUCAAACCUGGGUCCGCCUCCGAUACCGCCCACGAGGUCUCCCAAAAGAUCCUCAGGCUUCUGAGAGAGUAUGGAGUCCAUGAUGUUGCAAUUGAAAGGCGUGAAGUCGUCCUGCAGAGGCUGGCAGGUCCGGCCCUUAUGAGCCAUGUCGGCAGCACCAAUCACACCCACCACGUCCGUCGGUUCCUUACUGCUCUUCUCGGCAUCCCUCUUGUGACUCGAGGGAUGGAGAAGGAUGAUUCCCAGGGCACUCUCAUCUUAUGGUUUCACGAAAACAAAGACAAGAAUGGCGAUCCCAGCAACAAUGUCUAUGGAGCUAGCAGCUGUCACGUCCUUCGCAAGAACGCCACUAUCGACUACGAGCAUAAAGGCGGUGCACCCAAGGACUCUCUCGAGUCUCGGUACAACGAAGUCAUUGAGUACUGGUUCGACAUCAAGCUCCACCGUGAUAUCGGCUAUGUCCAACACGCUGAAACCAUCAAGGUCGACGUCGAAGGCGGCACACGUUAUACAUCGGGCUGGGGUGCGUUCUUGGCCGCUGAGGCGAAGGUCGGGGAUCAGUUUGAGGGCAAUGUCGUCGACCUUGGAUCGAAAUAUCCUCCUGAAGAGCUUAUGGCACUGUUUUAUCCUUGGGGUGUUGGUGCGACCACAUUCAAGUUUCCUCGGGGUAGAAAGCUUAGGAUCGUGGGUUGCGCUACGAAGGAGGACCUAGUCAACCCCACGGAGUUCGAUAGCGAAGGCAAGGGCUGCUUUAUCGUUGGUAAAGACGGCAACACUACCGACUUCACUGUCAGACGUUACGCCAGCCUGGUAUCAUUUAUUCUCAGCGACACCAGUGUCUGGUCUAGGGAGCUCGCUAUCUACAACUCGCGCCUGAAGAAAGCCGAAGUUUUCUCAGUUAAGGGAGACUCGAGCUCUCUCAUCGGGCGUGCCAAGGAAGGCGAAGGUUACAUUGUUGGGCAACCGCACUUAGGAGAAAACAAAGCCGGCUCGACCAGUAAUCAUGUUACUUACUGCACCCCUGGCUGGUACCUCCUGGAGCAGAUCAGGAGGCGGUUUCCGAACGCCGACUUCUACCGCACCGUCUGGUAA